GAUAUUUGGCCUCGGAUAUCUCCUUGCAUGAUGCGUUCAAAAGCUUUUUGAAAUACUCUAUUCACUUUCGACGCUUGGGAUCGUGACACGAUACAGCACACAGCUGCUUUGCGCAGUCGUAGAGUGAGUUUCAGGACAGGAAGCCGAUCGCCCAUUGUGCAUUGAUGCAAUGAAUCGCGGGGCAAAGGUGUUGACACUCAUCGGGUUUGUUGUCGUCUUCAGCUUCGCUCUCCGUGCGCAUGCCCUGGACCUCGAGCACGUACACCGCGAGGUCGCGUGGGAUGACUGGCAAGCAAAGCGGUCCAGACGGGAAACCCUCAUUCCAAGCUUUAUCAAGUCGGCAGAUGGUUCCAAGUGCUUCAAGAAGUUCAAACUAAAUUCUUUUGAAGAGGCGCAAGUGUGCUGCACCCUGGCCAUCAGCAAGAUGAGACUGUGGUUGGCACUGUCCAUGGCGAAUGCGGUGGCAUAUGUGCAUGCGGCACAAGAAACCUUCCAGUCCACGUGCAAGUUUGAAUUCCCACGGCCGGAAGUUCUCGAUCAGAUGGAAGCUUGGAUAAAGAGUUUGCCCCUGCUGUACAAGAUGCAUCACCGUCAAGGGCCCGAACAGCAGCAAUCUCCUUCGUCGCUUCCUACACCUGAUGCCCCUUCCUCGCACAUGAAUAUGGAGGAAGGUGGAUCUGACACGUCGAGACUGCAUGCAUUCAGACCCGAGGGUGAUUGGCAACAGCGUAGAUACGCGUUCCCCAGGCACAACUACCACGUGCUCAGAACUUCGCGGCAGCACUUCCUGCAUCGAAACGAGUUCGACCAAAGGGCUCGUUAGAUCAGCUGUGUAAAUAUCCGGAAGGAAGGAUGGAGUUGAUGAUGUACAUUAAAGGAAGGGUUGAAAGAG